GAAGACUUCAAAGGUAAUACUCGAAGAAGAAGAUGGAGAAACUGAGGAAUAUAUUAAUGCCGAAACCUAAUCCGCAACAGUUAUUACGCGAUUGGCAACGUCGUCUCCGGCAAGAGUGUCGCAACAUCGACCGUCAAAUUCGUGAUAUACAACGAGAAGAGAAAAAUGUUCAGAAAGCAAUCCGAGAAGCUGCGAAAAGAAACGAUAUGGGCUCUGCUAGGGCACUUGCUAUGGAAAUUGUGAGAUCUAGAAAAACUGUGAAUCGUCUCUACGAAAAUAAAGCUCAAUUAAAUUCCAUAUCAAUGCAUCUAGGAGAAAGCGUUGCUAUUGCUCGAACAGUAGGGCAUCUAUCAAAAAGCGCUGAAGUCAUGAAGAUUGUUAACGACCUAAUGAAAGCUCCACAAAUGGCUGUCACAAUGCAAGAAUUCAACAAAGAAAUGAUCAAAGCAGGAGUGAUUGAAGAAAUGGUGAAUGAUGCUGUUGAUUCUGCAUUAGAUACAGAUGACAUGGAAGAUGAGAUUGAAGAAGAGGUUGAUAAGGUGUUAACCUCCAUAGCUGGUGAAACUGCUGCACGGCUUCCAGAAGCCGCCAGGAAUGAGCGGCUGAAGCAACCAGCCACCGUCGCUCAGGAUGAUGGUGUUGAUGAUGAGGAACUAGAAGAAAUUAGGGCUCGACUUGCCAAAGUUCGUUCGUGAUUAGGGAUUUUUUUCAACUAAGAUGGAAGCUAAAAUAAAGACCAAAAAAAAAAAAAAAAAAAAAAA